AUGUCUUUUGCACGCCAGAUGCUCGGGGCCACUCAGAGGAGAGCCUUCUCCGCCUCGGCUCGUCAGGCAUCCAAGGUCACAGUACUCGGCGCUGCCGGUGGUAUUGGUCAGCCACUGUCGCUGCUACUGAAGCUGAACCCUCGUGUCUCCAAACUCGCCCUCUACGAUAUCCGUCUAGCUCCCGGUGUCGCCGCCGACAUUGGUCACAUCAACACCAAGAGCGAGGUAAAAGGAUACGAUGCCACUCAGUCUGCCCUGCAUGAAGCUUUGGAGGGUGCUGAGAUUGUUGUUAUCCCAGCUGGUGUUCCACGUAAGCCUGGGAUGACGCGUGAUGACCUCUUCAACACCAACGCAUCCAUUGUCCGCGACCUCGCCAAAGCUACCGCUGAUGCUGCGCCAAACGCCAAGGUUUUGAUCAUCUCCAACCCGGUCAACUCUACCGUUCCCAUUACUGCUGAGGUUUUCAAGUCAAAGGGCGUCUAUGACCCCAAGAAGCUUUUCGGUGUCACCACUCUCGAUGUUGUCCGUGCUUCUCGCUUCAUCUCUGAGCUGAAGGGCACCGAUCCCUCAGAUGAGAAGAUCACCGUCGUCGGUGGUCACUCCGGAGCUACCAUCGUUCCCCUUCUAUCCCAGUCUGGUUACUCGCUGGAGGGCGAGAAGCUUGACAGCUAUGUCCACCGCGUUCAAUUUGGUGGCGACGAGGUUGUCCAGGCCAAGGGUGGCGCUGGUUCUGCUACUCUUUCCAUGGCUAUGGCUGGUGCCCGCUUCACUGAGUCUCUCCUGAAAGCUUCUCAAGGAGAGAAGAACGUCAUCGAGCCAACAUUCGUUGAGAGCCAUCUAUACAAGGAUCAAGGCGUUACUUACUUCGCCUCCAAUGUUGAGCUCGGCCCCAACGGUGUUGAGAAGAUCCACCCCGUAGGUAAGCUCACUGCUCACGAACAAGGCCUCCUCGAUGCCUGCCUGAAAGACCUCAAGGGCAACAUCGAGAAGGGUGUUAAGUUCGUCAAGGAGAACCCAUAA